AUGAACACUAUAGAGGGAUAUGGACCUAGGUUGAAGGAAAUGAAGGAAAAUGAUAAUAGUAUGACCAUAGAGUUGAUAAGCGCUAUUGAAGUGGGAGAGGUGAUUGAUGAAGACGUGCUUCAUGCACGGGUUCCUUUUGUUGCUCGAACACAGCAGUGUUUUGCUGUCAAGGCUGGAAUUGAUGAACUUUUGGAUAUUGCAUGGAGAACAUUUUGUGAUACCAGUGAAGCAAUACAUAAUCUUGCAAAUAGGUAUCGAGAAGAAUUUAAGCUGCCAAAUCUGAAAGUUCCAUUUAACAACAAACAAGGCUUUUACUUUAGCAUUCCACAGAAAGACAUCCAGGGAAAGCUUCCAAGCAAGUUCAUUCAGGUCCUGGAACAUGGGAACAAUACACAUUGCUCAACUUUAGAACUUGCUUCGUCUUCCUGCCUGAGCCCUGGAAAUUUCUCAUUGAGUUUGCUUCAUGGUGUGAAAUGUGCAGCUGAACUUGAGAAAUAA